GCCACACAGAAGAGUUAACCACAAAAUGCAAAAUUUGGCAGAUUUGUCCGAGGGCCUUUAACCGUAGAAGCAUUAUUCGCACGUGAGCCGCAAGCUUCUGCUGUGCGCUGUGCUUCAUUACGAGAUUACGAUGUUACGUUCUUUGGUUAAUUCCUGUCUUCGGGUGGGUGUGUCAUCUCGUGCACUUCAAGAUAAUGUAGUGAGCCAUGGAUACAACUUUUUCAAACCGCAGUUAGCGAGGUGUUUCAGCACAGUUUUGCUUCAAAACCCAAAUGGAUUUGGCAAUGAAGCAUCAUCCUUACGCAACAUUAAUAUGUUGGAUAACUCUCUAAGAUUACCAGUCCUUGCUCCUCUCCUCCUACAGCAACAAUCUCGUACAGUAACUAAAUUUUCUUUGGGAAGGGGAAAACGACAAACUGUGAAAUCUGUGCCUGCCCGCUUCUACCGACUGGAUUGGGGUAUCUGGAUUCGUCGUAUAGCAGGAGCUCACAAAAAAUUAUGGAAGAAAAGCAUGAAGAGAAGAAUGCGACUAGAACGACAUGUACUUGUCAAUUCUACAAGAAGUUACAUGUUUGAUAAAAUGGUGUCCAAGUAUUGGCGUACCCCAAAACACUGGGUAGAUGACCCUUAUGCACCUUACCACAAAAGAGAAGACUAUUUCUGCACCAGAAAGGAACCCAGGCCUCUUCCCGCUGGUGUCACUUUCCCUUUAGAGAAAUAGUUCUUGUGAUUGUAUAUGACCUGUAACAAUGUCCUGCUGUAUCGUUUAUCUUUUGUUAAUAAAUUUCUAUCCUAUAUGGACCAUA